CUACACCACUAAGCGUUAGCCGGUCUUACGAAUGGCGGCAGCACCGACGCAACUUGCAUUUGCUCUCUUUUCACUUCUGUUCCUCCUCGCCUCCUCCGCCACUGCAGCAAAACACAAGGACCCACAGAAUCUGAUCCGUUCAUCAUGCGUCCAUGCCAGCUACCCAACUCUCUGCCUCCGCACACUCUCCACCUACUCUGGCCCCGCCAACAGUUCCCGUGACCUUGCUCAGGCCGCCGUGAAGGUGAGUCUCACUCGCGCCCGUAGAGUAUCGAACUACCUGACCACAAAAGUGGCUGGGAAGAGCAAGAAAGAGCGAUCUGCGCUGAGUGACUGCGUGGAGCAGAUGGCGACGACGGUGGACGAGCUGAGCAGGACGCUGGGGGAACUGAAGCACUUGCGCGGUGAAACUUUUCAGUGGCAGAUGAGUAAUGCAGAGACUUGGGUAAGUGCGGCGUUGACGGAUGAGGACACGUGUCUUGAUGGGUUUGACGGCGUCGACGGCCAGUUGAAGUCCGACGUGAAACGGAAAAUCACGAAUGUGGCUAAAAUCACCAGCAAUGCGCUCUACAUGAUUAAUCGACUUGAUGAGAGUCGUGGCAAGAACAGGUUGAAUCCUUGAUCGAUGGACGGUUCUGAUUUGGUUUGCAUAUGAAGUUUAUGGCGUCGAUAUUUUUGUUCCACUUUUCUAAGCCCUUUUCCCAGAGCAUUUCUUUUUCAGUACAGUAACUUUUCUUUUUCUUCGUUUCCCCCUUUAUGUCUCCCUACUUGUUUUUAAAAUUUUUAAUUUAAAAUUUUAAGUUUUUAAUUAUUUAAAAUAUUUUUUUUACAUAUUUAAAAUACUUUUAUUCUUCUGUUAAAGUUGGAGGAAAUAUGUUAAUAAGGAUGUUUAUUUAUU